AUGCUAAACGCGUUCAUGGAUUCGUCGACGUUGACGAGUCAUCAUCAUCAUCAUCAUCACAUGGCGAGUUUGGGUAUAAAAAUGUCACCGCCGCCGCCGCCGCCGCCACCCAACGGUAUGUCAACGACGCCGCAACCGAACCUUACGCCGAAUAACACGGACCAAAACAUGAACGGAUUCAACAACGGAUACCAUCACAACAUGGGAAUGACCAUGGGUCAUUUGAAUCCACAUCCCGGUUACGCAGCCAGAGAUUUUCUUCUCCGGAGGGAACAUCACGAGUUCAGUACGCCAACGGGUACGAGUUUAAACACGAGUCCGGAUCCGAUGUUGUUUCCGUCGUCCUUACACGAUCAAAACGUAUCGUUAAAUCAUAAUUUAAAUCAUCAUCAUCACCAUCACCAUCAUCCUCAUCUCGGUCAUCAUCACACGAACAUGAGAAUAAACAUGGACGUUUAUGCUCAUAGAGAGCACCACGGCUACCCUAAUCAGUUUAUGACCCAUCAUCAUCACAUGGGUGGAAUAUCUCCCCAUCAACAUCAUCCCACUCAUCACGGUGCCUUUUUCCGUUACAUGAGACAACCGGUCAAACAAGAGAUGACGUGUUUGUGGAUAGAACCGGAGCAACCGCAUCCGAAAAAAAUUUGCGGUAAAAACUUUACGACGAUGCACGAAAUAGUGACGCAUUUGACGGUUGAACACGUCGGAGGACCCGAAUGCACGACGCAUGCAUGCUUCUGGCAAUCGUGUCCGAGGAACGGUAGACCUUUCAAAGCAAAAUACAAAUUAGUUAAUCACAUAAGAGUGCACACGGGAGAAAAACCAUUUCCAUGUCCGUUUCCGGGUUGCGGAAAAGUAUUCGCCAGAAGUGAAAAUCUUAAAAUUCACAAGAGGACGCACACCGGAGAAAAACCGUUUAAAUGUGAAUUCGAAGGCUGUGAUCGAAGAUUUGCAAAUUCUUCAGACAGGAAAAAACAUUCUCACGUACACACAUCCGACAAACCUUAUAAUUGUAGAGUUUCCGGUUGCGAUAAAUCAUACACUCAUCCUAGCUCGCUAAGAAAACACAUGAAGGUUCACGGGUGUGGUAGCAAUAGCACAAACGGAGGUAAAUCUCCAAAUCACGGGUACGAUAGCGAUGGAGAAGAAUCCAAUUCGUCAUCGGAGAGAUCUAUUAGCGUAUCGGCAAUGUCUCCUCAUCAUAACACUCAAAGUGAUCCCUUAGCAAUGCCUGAUCACAGGCAUAUAUCACAAAACAAUCAAACGUCUAUUAAUCAUAACACAUCAUUAUCGGAUUGGUACGUUUGUCAAAGUACCGGAAUGGGUGGUAUGCCAACACCUCCUAGCACAGAUCAUUCUCCGGUUAGCCACUUAGGUCAUUUAGGUCACCUCAUGCAUCACGGUGCAGCUGCUGCUUACUGA